AUGAUAAUCGAUCGUUUACAAGAGCCAAAUCCAAUUCCGGAACCAGUUCCGAAACCGAUUUCGAUUCCGAAAUCGAUUACCAAACCGAUUCUGAUUCCGGAACCAAUUCCGGAACGCAUUCUGGAUCCAAUUCUGGAACGCAUCAAGAAGCCAAAUCCAAUUCCGGAACCAGUUCCGAAAUCGAUUACCAAACCGAUUCUGAUUCCGGAACCAAUUCCGGAACGCAUUCUGGACCCAAUUCUGGAACGCAUCAAGAAGCCAAAUCCAAUUCCGGAACCAGUUCCGAAAUCGGUUCCGAUUCCGAAAUCGAUUACCAAACCGAUUCUGAUUCCGGAACCAAUUCCGGAACGCAUGCUGGAUCCAAUUCCGAUUCCGGAACCGAUUUAG